AUGAGUAAGAUUAGGGGCCUCCCGCCUGAGAUCAGGGAGGCAGGCCCUGGAGUGAAGCUAGGGGUGGAAAAUGGCCUCCUUUGUCAACUGAUUCAUUCUCCAGAGUUCAACUUGUUCUCUGACUCCACAGUAUUUGAAAGCAACUUCACCCAGGUCAUUAAGCCUGAGAAAUGGAUAGAUGUCUCCGGACGGUACACCACCAUAGCCCUUGGAGUGACUUCGUCUGUACCCUGCCUGCCACUCCCCAACGUCCUCCUGAUGGCCAAGGUCACCUGGCCCCAGGGUCAUUUUGCUACCUGGAAAACCCCUGGUAAUGCUCCAGUUAUCACCCUCAACAGGAUCCUGCCCCUGAAGUACGUGGAGCUGAAGAUCUGUGACAGGAUUCAGCGCAUCCUGAGGGUGAGGACAGUGACCGAAAAGAUCUACUACCUGAAGCUCCACGAAAAACACCCUGAUGCUGUAUUUCAGUUCUGGACUCGCUUGGUGAGAAUUCUGCAGAAAGGCCUGUCAAUCACCACCAAGGACCCCAGGAUACAGUUCACUCACUGCCUGGUGCCCAAGGUGUCCAGCAGCUCCAACGAGUCUACAUCUUCAAGCAGCCUCUUCCCCACCUCCCCGGACAGUGAAAAUCUCAGACUGAGGUUGGCAGACACCAGCAGUGGAAGUGUGCUGCAUCUCCCAGCACGGACCCAGUCCUCAACAGCCAUAAACACCACCAUGACCCUCAAAAUGGACAAUUUGAACAGCAAAGAGGAGACAACAUCCGCAAUUCCAGUCACUUCAACUAUACCCCUGAGAGCUGCAUUGACUCACAGUCUCUGGGAGCAAGACAACGCGGACGAGCACUGCUGUGAGGCACCCGCAGCCAGCUCCCUAGGAGAAAACUUCUGGGGCCCCUGA